GCGCUAUAAACAAACAAUCCUGGCCGCCGGGGUUUCCCUCCCACUCUACAAACUACAACCCCGAGGGACCCUCCCAAUGCCAUCGCCAUAGCAGGCGCCAAGCCCGGCCUCACCUCUCGACCUCUCCACGGCCCACCAAUGCCUCCUCCUCCUCCUCGCCUAGGCGUGGCCGCCAUCGCGACGUGGCUGCUCCUCGCGGCUCUGUGCCUCCCACCGCGCGCCCACGCCGUCAACGAGCAGGGCGAGGCGCUGCUGCGAUGGAAGCGCUCGCUCACCAACGGCACGGGCGGCGCCGCGCUGGCGACGUGGAGGGAGUCGGACGCGAACCCGUGCCGGUGGACCGGCGUGGCGUGCGAUGCGCGCGGCAGCGUCGUGUCGCUGCUCAUCAAGUCGGUCGACCUCGGCGGUCCGGUGCCGGCGCGCGUGCUGCGCCCGCUGGCGCCGUCGCUCGAGACGCUCGUGCUCUCCGGGGCUAACCUCACUGGCGAGAUACCCGGGGAGCUCGGGCAGUUCGCAGCGCUGACAACCGUUGACCUCAGCGGGAACGGCCUCUCUGGCGCUGUGCCGGCCGAGCUCUGCCGGCUCGGCAAGCUCCGGUCGCUGGAGCUUCAUACCAACUCGCUGCAGGGCGCCAUCCCCGACGACAUUGGCAACCUCACUGCACUGACGUCCCUCACGCUCUACGACAAUGAUUUCAGUGGUGUCAUCCCGCCGAGCAUCGGGAGCUUGAAGAAGCUGCAGGUGCUGCGCGCUGGCGGAAACCCGGCGUUGAAGGGGCCUUUGCCGGCGGAGAUCGGCGGGUGCACCGACCUCACCAUGCUCGGCCUCGCCGAGACCGGCAUGUCUGGAAACCUCCCGGACACCAUCGGGCAGCUCAAGAAGCUCCAGACCCUCGCCAUCUACACCGCCAUGCUCACCGGCCCGAUCCCGGCGAGCAUCGGCAACUGCACCGCGCUCACUAGCCUCUACCUCUACCAGAAUUCUCUCUCCGGCCCGGUGCCGCCGCAGCUCGGCCAGCUGCGCAAGCUGCAGACGGUGCUCCUGUGGCAGAACCAGCUCGUCGGCACCAUACCCCCGGUGAUCGGCAACUGCAAGGAGCUCGUGCUCAUUGACCUCUCGCUCAACAUGCUCACGGGCCCCAUCCCGAGGAGCUUCGGUGGGCUGUCCAAGCUGCAGCAGCUGCAGCUCAGCACCAACAAGCUCACCGGCGUCAUCCCACCGGAGCUCUCCAACUGCACGUCGCUCACCGACGUCGAGGUGGACAACAACGAGCUGUCGGGAGAGAUCGACAUCGACUUCCCGAGGCUGCGCAACCUCACGCUGUUCUACGCGUGGCAGAACCGGCUCACCGGCGGCGUGCCGGCGAGCCUGGCUCAGUGCGAGGGCUUGCAGUCGCUGGACCUCUCCUACAACAACCUCACCGGCCCCGUCCCGAGGGAGCUCUUCGCGCUCCAGAAUUUGACCAAGCUGCUGCUUCUCAGCAACGAGCUCUCCGGGUUCAUACCGCCGGAGAUCGGCAACUGCACCAACCUCUACCGACUGCGGCUCAAUGGCAACCGUCUGUCGGGAGCCAUACCCGCGGAGAUCGGCAACCUAAACAACCUCAAUUUCCUCGACCUGGGAAGCAACCGCCUUGUCGGCCCACUGCCGGCAGCCAUGUCGGGGUGCGACAACCUCGAGUUCAUCGACCUGCACUCCAAUUCACUCUCCGGCGCACUGCCGGACGAGCUGCCGCGCAGUCUCCAGUUCGUUGACAUCUCUGAAAACCGGCUCACCGGGCUGUUGGGGCCCGGCAUCGGCAGGCUGCCUGAGCUGACGAAGCUUAACCUCGGGAAGAACCGGAUCUCCGGCGGCAUCCCGCCGGAGCUCGGUUCUUGCGAGAAGCUGCAGUUGUUGGACCUUGGCGAUAACGCUCUCUCCGGCGGAAUCCCGCCGGAGCUCAGUAUGCUUCCUUUCUUGGAGAUUUCGCUUAACCUCAGCUGCAACCGCCUCUCUGGUGAGAUACCGUCGCAAUUCGGCACCCUUGAUAAGCUCGGCUGCCUUGACCUGUCUUACAAUCAGCUCUCCGGCAGUCUUGCGCCUCUAGCAAGGCUGGAGAACCUCGUCACGCUAAAUAUCUCGUACAACAGCUUCUCCGGCGAGCUCCCGGACACGCCGUUCUUUCAGAAGAUCCCGCUGAGCAACAUCGCCGGCAAUCACCUGCUUGUCGUCGGCGCUGGUGCCGACGAGACCUCCCGUCGCGCGGCCAUAUCGGCGUUGAAGCUCGCCAUGACGAUUCUCGUCGCGGUGAGCGCGUUCCUCCUGGUGACCGCCACGUACGUGCUCGCCCGCUCGCGCCGCCGGAACGGCGGUGCCAUGCACGGCAAUGCCGCGGAGGCGUGGGAGGUGACCCUGUACCAGAAGCUCGAGUUCUCUGUGGACGACGUGGUGCGCGGCCUUACGUCGGCGAACGUGAUCGGCACGGGGAGCUCGGGCGUGGUGUACCGGGUGGAUCUGCCCAACGGGGAGCCGCUCGCCGUGAAGAAGAUGUGGUCCUCCGACGAGGCCGGCGCGUUCCGCAACGAGAUCUCGGCGCUGGGCUCCAUCCGGCACCGCAACAUCGUGAGGCUUCUCGGGUGGGGCGCGAACCGGAGCACCAAGCUAUUGUUCUACGCCUACCUCCCGAACGGCAGCCUGAGCGGCUUUCUCCACCGCGGCAGCGUCAAGGGCGCCGCGGACUGGGGCGCCCGGUACGAGGUCGCGCUGGGCGUGGCGCACGCCGUGGCUUACCUCCACCACGACUGCCUGCCCGCCAUCCUGCACGGCGACAUCAAGGCCAUGAACGUCCUGCUCGGCCCGGGCAAUGAGCCGUACCUCGCCGACUUCGGCCUGGCCCGCGUUCUCUCCGGCGUGGUCGAGCCGGGCGGUUCCGCCAAGCUGGACACGUCCAGGCCACGCAUCGCCGGAUCAUACGGAUACAUCGCACCAGAGUACGCGUCCAUGCAGAGGAUCACGGAGAAGAGCGACGUGUACAGCUUCGGCGUCGUGGUGCUGGAGAUCCUGACGGGGAGGCACCCGCUGGACCCGACGCUGCCGGGCGGGAUGCACCUGGUGCAGUGGGUGCGGGAGCACAUGCAGGCGAAGCGGGGCGUGGCGGAGCUCCUGGACCCGCGGCUGCGCGGGAAGCAGGAGGCGCAGGUGCAGGAGAUGCUGCAGGUCUUCGCGGUGGCCAUGCUCUGCAUCAGCCACCGCGCCGAUGACCGGCCGGCGAUGAAGGACGUCGUCGCGCUGCUCAAGGAGGUCAGGCGGCCGCCGGAGAACGCCGUCGACGAGGGGAAGGAGCAGGCGCGCUGCGCCACGGCGCCUUGUUCGGCUGGCCAGCAGCGCUCGCCAGCUCGGAGCGCGCUGCCGAUGGGGGGCUCUUCAAACUGCUCGUUUGCCAUGUCUGAUUACUCGAGCUGAGCUAGUUGAUGCAGUUGCGAGAUAGCAGCCUAGCGGGAAACAUGUGUAGAUUUUUUGGACACGUAAGCAAGAUCAGUAAAUUUGUAGGUAAUUGUUUCCUGAAUUACUCAAGGAUGUAUAUUAUGAUCAUUCAGAUGUAUUGUACGAGUACUUGUGUAAACUAACGGGCAAUAAAUUGACACACAUGAGUGAGCAACUGAAA